UGAACGCAGCUCUGAGCUGUCAAGCUGUAGCCUGCUGUCGGCAUACAGGCAAAGGCUGCGCUCUCCGCUAACACGCACACAGAAACACAGGGCUGCCUGCUUUUUCAUGGGAUUAUUGUACACCUCGCACCCUGUACUAGCCCGGCAGAUAUUCUGUGCCUGAAGGUCAGAAUCCGAACGCGGCGUUGGGAAGCUGCAGAACCUCCGAGGGUCGCUUUCUUCAACCGGCGCCCGCAGCCGCCUGUCACCCAGAGAGCAGAAAGAAGGAAAGAAAGCCGUGAUGGAGAGAGAGUAAAGGAGGGUCUGCUCGGGAAAGCCAAAGAAGGAAAGAGAGAAACCGAGGCAGAGAAAGAAAGAGAGAAGUGAAAGUGGACAAACUGGAGAAGACAAGGUUAUAAAAACCCAGAGGACAGAGAGAUGGCUUCAAACUUCAAUGAUAUUGUCAAGCAAGGUUACGUUCGGAUGAGAAGCAGAAAACUGGGGAUUUACCGCCGAUGUUGGCUGGUGUUUAAGAAAUCUUCCAGCAAGGGACCCAGACGGCUGGAGAAAUAUCCAGACGAGAAAUCCGCCUACAUCAGGGCUUACCCCAAGGUAACAGAGAUCAGCAACGUGAAGAAUGUGACCAGGUUGCCCCGGGACACCAAAAGACAGGCAGUAGCCAUCGUCUUCACUGACGACACGUCCCGCACCUUUACCUGCGAGUCUGAGCUGGAAGCUGAGGAAUGGUAUAAGAUCCUGUCCAUUGAAUGCCUGGGAGCCAGACUCAAUGAUAUCAGCCUGGGGGAGCCUGAUCUCUUAGCAGCGGGAGUGCAGUGUGAACAUACAGAGCGCUUCAACGUGUUCCUGCUGCCCUGCCCAAACCUGGAUAUAUACGGCGAGUGCAUGAUGCAGAUAACCCACGAGAACAUCUACCUCUGGGACAUUCACAACCCUCGCACCAAACUGGUCACAUGGCCGCUCUGCUCGCUGCGGCGCUACGGCCGGGACGUCACCAGAUUCACCUUUGAGGCCGGCCGGAUGUGUGACAGUGGAGAGGGGCUCUACACAUUCCAGACCCGGGAGGGGGAGCAGAUCUACCAGCGAGUGCACUCAGCCACCCUCGCCAUCGCCGAGCAGCACAAGAGGGUCCUGCUGGAGAUGGAGAAGAACGCCAGGCUGCUGUCGAAAGGCUCCGAGCCAGGCUCCUACCCCUGCACUCCCACAACUAUCCUGCCACGCAGCGCCUUCUGGCAGCACAUUACGGGCACCCAGAGCAGCACAGGCAUGGCCAACGGUGACCUGUAUGCAGAUUCCCAGGAGGACCCUGAAGUGGACCUGCACCCCACCCGCCUGCCCCUUGAGUCCCGCAGCCCUGCAUUCAUGGACCGUCACCCUGGCAUGUUCCCCAGCUACCCUGGUCAGUGACGGGCCGGUCCGUGCACUCUUUCCCUCUUACCUCCUCAACUUUGCUGGGACUGGACUGCCACCCCCUACCCCAUCUACUCCCCCAACACAGGGAGGUGGUCCUGCAAGAGUCGGGACAGAGAGAGGGGUAGGCUUGUGCAUUUCUGCAGGACAUUCAUUCACAAAAGAGGAGCCCACAGAAGUAACCUUAGCUUAAAAGCAGAAGCAAGAUCAAGGGACCUUCCGAAACAGAAGAGAAUUCAGAUCCUCUUGGUUUGAAGAUUUGAUAAUCUGCACAUGGGAUGAAGACUUGAGAUUUUAAAAAAGCUGAAGACACACGAUUUUAAGCAUCUAGAUUUUCUCAUUUCGUUUUUGUUUUAACGCUUCCUAAAGAGUGCAACUCUUCUUGCAUGGUCGCUGGAAAAGUGCACUUCAGUUGUUUUGAUGUUUGGAGGAAUGCUAACAGUCUUUAAGCGCCACUUGUGGUAGAGGAUUUCGCCCUGCCCUUGACCUUUGAUGUCACCAGGCAGAAGAUUACUGAUAAAUAGGCUGGUAGGACUGCACACCCACCUUUAGCUGUCAUAUUUAAGGGGAGCCUCUUAUGUUUCACGGUUGAUGUGAUUCAAUAGAUCCCAGGCAAUCUAAAGAAGGACAGCGUCACACAGAGCAAGCCAAGGCCAAGUGGAUUAGUAGCACAAUAUACUGUUUUUUAGCCGUUAACCUUGCAGCUGUAUGUCCUGUAAACCCCUCUGUAGAGCAGGAGUCCGUACUGCUGUUGCCUGAGAAUGCACAACACACCCACAUUCCUGGACAAGGUUUUAGAUGUGCUGCUGUGUUACAGAAGGGUAAUCUACUUUCUAUAAUGGACUGUUCUACUACAGAUGAUCUUGUUGCUGUGGAGCUGCGUUGAUCUCUUUAAUUCCUGUUUUUUUUUUUUAUCUAACCGAGAAUGUGUCAGAACAGAAGAAAGGAACUUAAAGGACCAUUCUAACUGUGGAUUUUGGUUCAGAAUCCGAACCCAACAACAUCAUCGUAGAACUGAUGCAGAGAAGACUUUGUGCUGAACCCCUGUCUCCUCGCCCUCGCUCUUCACUGGGUGUCAUUUUAUUGGUGACGAUUUGAAACCAGUUUGAAGAAACAGGAUUGCAUUCUGGAGCAGGCGAGGGGUGCGCUUUAUCUCGGUUAUAAUUUGUGUUCCACAUUUAAGUUCUCGACUGUUCAAGGAAGAGGAUAAUCCAUGUGUUUAAAAGACUGUUUCGGUUUGAAUUUGUAUGUUUUAUUUUGUUAUUAUAUUAUAUUAAUAUUGUUAUUUGUUA